AAAUGUUUUACGAAUAACUAUACAGCAAUUUCAAUUUCACAUGUAACUGUGGAUCUGUCACCAAAUGCAAACAAGCGUUCACAAGAUUAUGCUACAAAGCAAUAUCAGUUUGAGCCCACACUGCAUGUCCAGAAUAGUUGCUAGCUGAAUUUAAAAUUAUUUUUGGGAACUUGAUCCCCAACACACACACACACACACACACACACACAAAGGAACUUUUGUCUGUCAGAACCCACAUGAAGAUUUUAAGUCACAUCUGUGAACGUACUACUCUCAGCAUUCACUUUCGCAGACUUCUAACUUUCUUUUAAAAAUAUGAACCUGGAGGGCCCAAAACAAACUAGGAUGUACCAUGUCAGUCAUGACAGGGGUCAACGAUAAACUUUUGAGCAACGUACGUGACGAGUAAAAACAACAACAACAACAAAUUAAACGAAUUUUGGUGGAUCUAUUGCUCAGUUGUCUGUUUCAUUCGUGUGGAAAAUAAAAAUACGGCAUUGUUAUGGGUAUUUCGUGUCAACUUUGAGUGUAUAAAAACGAGCCGACCCCUUCGAGUAGAGAAGUCCACUGAGCAGCGAAUGGACGAGCCAAACAUUCGCAGCGAGGAGGCAGAGAUUAGCGACCGAGAGCUAAAGGCGGCGUGACAGGCAGUUCAGUUUGUCGGACCUUUAUUCUCUCCGGAAAACGAUGUGACAAUGCUAGCCGAGAGGACGAGCUCGGCGGCGAAAGGCAGGCGCACACAACGGCCAACUUCGGUUGUUUGACAAGCGGGGUAGAGAGCGGCGCACGCCAUGGCAACUCAGCCGAGCAUAUAUGAUGAAGAAAGGAAUCGUCUCCGCCUCCAAGCCUGGGAACAGAGGAACCAAGAAACCAGUCAAGCCAAAGAACUUGGUGCUGGGAAUGUGCCGCUUUUCGGGCAGCCAUAUAAAACAAACAAAGGCGAUGAGCUUUCCAACAGGAUCCAGAGAAUGCUGGGCAGCUAUGAAGAUGUGAACAAUCCAACAGAGCCUUCAGCAGUUCCUGCAGACUUCACACAGUCUGAUCGAGGGCAGCCAAACUCUGAUAGGCCCGGCAAACCUCUCGUCCAAAACCUGGCCCAUCACAUAUCCUGCCAAAACCUCCCAAGUAGUAGUUACCCCUUUCAGAUGAUGAGAGACAUCCCCCCUUCAUCCCCAAACAGCCAUGGAAGCUCACUCAGUAUGCCAAAGGCUUCACUGGAUCAUCAGAAGAAGGUUGAAACUUUGUCAGAUCUCAGGGAGGAUGCUAGCAGUUCUCAGGAAAGGUCUGCUCAGUGUCUGGAUGUCAAGCAGAUACCUUUCCUACAUUCCAGUGCGCCCAAAAGUGCUAAAGACACCUCCGAUUCACAUCAGGAGUCCAUAGAACCCUCCUCCACUGCCACAACGGUGGACUUUUCUGUGUUUAACCUCAGGCAGUCUCCAGCGGACGCUUCUCUGCAUCAGGCCGGCAAAAGCAGCAACUCCCUCCUCUCGCAGAAUUUCCCACCUCUCUCCUCGUCCAAGCCGCCCAGUGUUGUCAUGAUGCAGAAGCCCACGGCGUAUGUGAGGCCUAUGGACGGUCAGGACCAGCUAUUCACCGGCUCGCCGGAGUUGAAACCUUCGCCCGAGCCACAUGUACCUCUGCAGGAGAUCCACAAGGCCCACCAUGCAAAGGCAAUAAUGUUUCCUCAGUAUCUGGAGACAAACGCAAAUGAAGCAGUGUGUGUGGAAGACAUCUUGAAGGAGAUGACUCACUCCUGGCCCCCCCUCUUGUCAGCCAUGCACAUCCUUAACUCUGACUCAUCCCCAACCAAGGAAGCAGAGCAAGUACCUUCAUGUCCAGGAGGACAAAAAAGCCACCACCGCUCUCCUGGAGAUCCUCGCCAUCUCGACCUGCAAAGCUCCAAAUUAUUUUCGCACAAAGAGGCUCAUUCCAGUGGUGUGGAGUCGGCGAGCUCCAGUGACUCUGACAGCAGCUCCAGAUCUGAGUCGGAUGCCGAAAGCAUUGUCGAUGAGCCUUGUGGAUUGAUAACGAGCAACAAAACUGAGCUUGAUGCUGCGCCAGCGUGUGGCAACUGGCAGUUGGGCAACUGGAUCCGGUCCAGCCAAACGAACUCCGGCAAUGAGACCCAAGGUGGAUCCAACGUCGUCUGCGAGAAACAUGCUCGCAACCCGCCGCACGGCUCCGAACACCUUACUGAGGAAGCAACCCAGUCAACGCAGCAAAGCGGAAACCUGCCAGAAGUGCAGCCCUGUGGCGAGAGUUCUCAUGAGAGCGGCAGUUCCGGGAAGCACGGUGCGCGCAAACCGCAGAAGGGUUAUGUGAAAUGUGAGGACACUUUAGCAGGAAAAGUACCCCCUCUCUCAGACAGACCCAUGGUCAAAACGAAAACGGAACACUUGAAUAACGUUAGCAGUGACUCUAAGAGUAAAAGGACUUUUAAGAUAGCGGAGGUGCAGAAGAAUGAAUCCAGGCCCGAGGUGGUCCAACGUGACGCUCUGUGUCCGUCAUGUCCCCACCACUGCUCUUGCCAUAUUUCCAGCCAAACUCCCAUGUUAAAAAUCAGCAGUAGCAAAGCCAAUGUGGAAAUCGUACAACAGGCCAAAACCAUUCCCAAAGUAGAGUCCGUCACAACCCACAAGUCCUGCAAGAACUCUGGGCAUGUCCCUAAAUCUCAGGACAUCUGCGCUAGGCCUGCUGGAUGCUUACUAGUAAAGAUCGACCUCAGUCUGCUCUCAGGAGUCCCUAAGGGGACACCCGGGAAGGCAGGGACCUGGAAACCCCCUAAAGCCAGCAAGAAGACUCUACCUCAAACCAUGGACAUGGACGACAAGACUCUUCCCAGAAAAAAGCAGAAACUGGAGAAAAAGAGGACUUCAUCCAAUAAGGACUCUUCUGUGAAAGUGGAGGGUUGUGCCACCCAACCAGAUGAGCCACAGCACAAGAUGACCAAGAAAAAGCAGGUAUACUUGCAGAAGCCCCCAAAAGACUCUGGUGAAGACCAGAAGGGGCACAAAGGAUCUCGUGUGGAGCCUCAUAAGGACGCCCCCAAGAGCAAAGACUCCUCCAAGAACAAAAGCAGCCACGCAAAGCACAUGCACGCGGACAAGCAGAAGCAGUCGUCGGCCUCACGACCCCCCAAGGAAGUAGUGACCUCCAGACCCUUGCUAAGAUCUGAAGACAGGCAGUAUCCAGUGAAGCACUACAUCAAGGAGGCCAAACGACUGAAGCACAAAGCAGAUGCUGAGUCAGAUAAACGCAGCAAAGCGUUCAACUACCUGGACGCCGCUAUGUUUUUUGUGGAGAGUGGCAUCGCCAUGGAGAAGGACCCGCAGAUUUCUAUGUCUUCCUACACCAUGUUUGCUGAGACGGUGGAGCUCCUCAAGUUUGUCCUGAAGCUUAAGAACUCUGCAGACAUGACUGCCCCCCCCUCAGACAAGGACUUUGUAGCAUUAUGUCUGAAGUGCCAGUCUCUCCUGCAGAUGGCGAUGUUUCGCCAUAAGCACAAAACUGCGCUCAAGUACUCAAAGAUGCUCACUGACCACUUCAAUAAUCCUGCACUUGAGUCUUCUAUCUGCGCCACAAAAGGCCCGAACACGCCGUCCCCUAUGGUCGGCAUCCCGUCCCCAGCCUGUGGCAGUGGGAACACCGUGGCCGUUCCAGUCGCCGUGGAGCAGGUGGCGCUUUCCUAUGUCAACAUCACCACGUUAUUCCUGAGCGCUCACGAACUGUGGGAGCAGGCGGACCAGAUGGCGGGCAAAGGCAGCGGUCUUGUGGCAGAGCUGGAUGCCGUGGUGGGCCCGCUGAGCCUGACUUCUAGCGUGCGCUCCAUGGUGCAUUACACCCAACAAGGCGUGGCGUGGCUGCGACUAGACAGCUCAAAAACCCAAAUGAACGUCCACUGAAGGUACCCAAAGCCCCAUGCUCGAACCCCGGUGUGUGGGUCACGUGCUGAAGGAGGACUAGAACUGUGGCUUAAGUGGAUUCAGCAGUGAGUUAAUAAAAUAAAUUGCACUUAUUAGAAAGCAGGUUGGAAUGCCCCCAGAUCAGGCCAAGUCAUAUACAAUUGCUUUUUAAAUAGGAACAUGGCUGUGAUUGAUUAUUAUCACAGCUUUUUGUUGUCCUGAUACUUCUAUGACCUGGACAUUCACCUAUACAGGUUUCCCUCACCUAAUCGCGAUUCACUACUCACAAAUUCACCUAUUAUAGAUGUAGUUGUUAUUUGCGGAAAAACUUGCCUAUUAGAUGUUUUUGGUCUCUUUCUGAAACGCACGAACACAAGAUGGCACCAAAACUCUGUAUAAUAGAAAAGUAGUGCUUUGGUGCUAUCUUGUGGCAUCUUGCAGCGACAGAGCUAUGUUGAACUGAAGGGAGGAGCUUCUGUUAGACUUCCAAAGCACUGUCUGAUAGAAAAGUAGUGCUUUGGUGCCAUACUUUUGCAUCUGUAGGCAAUUAUGAACCACGAGCAAUAUAAAGUUUGGUGUCAACCUCAUCCUGCAUUGGUAUCCUUACACAGGACAGCGAGCCAGGAAAAGGUCCAAAAAAGCAGACUUACAUGGCUGGUAUGUAAGGGGUUUCAGGGGCCUCUGAUACUGUGUGUGAAGUCUGCAAAUUUUUUUGGUCAACUUCAACUCGCUAUUCGAGCCAUGCCACAAAUAGCUUAAAUCUACAAGUAAUUGCAUGUAGAUGCCGUAAGAUGGCGCCAAAUGACUACUUUUCAAAUAGACAGGGCUUUGGCCGGUCUAAUAGCUCUUUCCUUCACUUGAACAUAGUUCCUUGACACCAAGAUGCUACAAAUUUGCAGCAAAGCUCUAACUACUUUCUUUGUGAGCAGGGCUUUUCAGAAAAAGCACAGAAACAGUCAAUAGGUGAGUUUGUUAGCCAAUAAAGAGAGGCUCCAAAAUCAAAUUCGCCAAUAGGAAGGGGUCACUGUUAUGACAUCACCACUUGCUUAGAAAGACCAAGUUAGUCUUUUUUUUUUUUUUUUUUUUCACUGUUGUCCAGUACAAUUAAUGGCAUCAUGGUGAAGAGCAAGCACAAGGUAAAGUGCCUUUAUUCUCUCAGCUUUUUCCUAGUGACAAGGACAACUUUCAUAGUACAAUUGCCAAUCAUGUUUUUGAGCACACUUUAUUUUUUAUAAUUUAUUGUUAAUAUAUAUAUUUCUUGUACAAACCGUGCACUUUCCCUUUGAGUUUAGAUGAGGAAACCAUUGGAGCCCCAGAGGCAGAUGUCUUUUUCACAGGGCUUCCCCCCCACCCCUUUUUUUAGGUACACUAGCUGAAAAAAAGUGUUGAGUUGGGAUAAUAGCAAGAUUGAGUCACGUUUCAGUUGACAUGGGAGUACAUCAAACAAAAAGUACUUAACUUUCAAACAGCACCAAGUGCUUGCCUUCGCUUGAUUUAUUUUCAUUUUUUUUAAUUAUGAAGCUUUUGUUGGUGCAUCACUGAGGAUUUUGUUUGGACCUGUGCAUUUAAAAAAAAAAAAAAAAAAAAAAAAAUCACGUUUUGUGGGGGGAGAAAUUCACCCCACUUGGUUUCGAUAGUUUAUUCAGUUGGUGUGUGUAGUUUGAAUGAUGAAAGCAAAGAGGAAUGGUUUAAAAAUCUUUAUUUCCCCACCAAAAAUUUAAAAGAAAAAUUACAUGAAAGUGUCACAGCUUGCCCUCGGGGAUUAUCUCUCCUACCAUCGGUGUAGUUUUUUUCCAACCUGCGGCAAACGUUAACGAGUGACUCUGCAAUGGAUUUACACUUCUUUGUCAGAUGAUAAUCAUGACUAUGCGAAUGUACUGGAAGGUGGGAAUGUUUUUGGAUUUUGUGGAAUAUCUCGAGAUUUUCUGUUGCAGUGUACAGAGAAAAAUAAAUGCUGGAAAUGAA